CGGAACAGCAACGGAAGGAGAGACCUCUGGAUCUUCAGUCUCUCCCAACGGAGCUGUCCCCCGCUUGCAUGUUUAGCCUGACGCAAAUAGGAUCUGGGGCACAAAUUAGAAGAUGGAAAACUCGGACCCGCAGCCGCAGCCGUCCGCGUCGAGGCCGGAGGCGGCGGCCCCGGCCGUGAUGGGAGCGGCGGCAUGCCAUCGCGCUGCCGUUGCUGCCUCACCCGCCCGGGCUGCUCCGGCUUCGUCCGCGAGCACUACGCCGCCGCCGUCAUCCGGAGCGCGUUCCGGGGCUACCUGGCGCGCUACGCGCUGCAGCUUGACGAGGCAGCAACGCUGACGGUGGUCGGCGAGCGGCAGCGCAACGUCGCCGCCGGCGCCGAAUGUUUUGCAUAAUCCCCCGAGUCUGGUACGUCUCUUGGCCGGUGGCCGCCGCCGCCGCCGCCGCGCUCCCGGCCGGAAUCGCGCUGCUCCGUCGCCCUCACAAGCGCUGUGCUCCGUUCCUCUUUGGCUCCCUCAGCUUAGACCCGAGACGCUCGCUCCGUCGGCAGCCGCUGCUUGAGCUCCCGCGGAGGCUGGGAAUGCCCUUGCCGGGGCGCAGGUGCCCACUGUAUCUCCUCCUGCGCUGCGGCGACCCACGCGGACGCGGCGGUCGGACGGCGACCACGACGGCGGCAGUCGUUGCCCAUAAACGAAGACGUGUUUUCCUGCCCUCACUGGCUCAUGUGAAAACCAGCCAGUCUUUCGCAUUUCGGCCCAUCCUGGCCUGGCCCGGUGACGGCCAAGUCCAACUAAGACCGGAGUUCGUGUCGAUGUCGGAGAGCGCGAGGGGAGAAGGGUGGAGGAGGGAGGCGGCGCAAAUUUGGAGCGGGACGCGAACGCGACCAUGGAGUGCCGGAGCGCCCCUUCUGCGUGGCGCUUGGAUGUUCCCGGGGAGAAACCUGAUGCUGGCCAAGCGCAGGCAAGAUAUUGAGAGGGAGAAUUUUUAUACUUACAUCGAGGAGAUGAUGGAACAGGACGAGGAGGAGGCUACAAAGACGAUGCCGCCGACACGGAUCGUCAAGUACUAUGAUCUUCUGGGAAAAGCAUGGGGAUGGGACAGGCUGCUACCACUCGCCGGCGUGUCGCGGUCUGACUACAGCAAGUACAUUGAAGAGUAUUUCCGUCGCAAUGCUCGUGAGCUCGUUCCUGGCGCUGCAGCUGCUCUUGCUGAAAUUGUAAAUGUCUCAAGAAGGAGGAACAACUUGCGUCCCAAUGGAAGAUCCGGAUGGAACCUAAAAUGGAACAGAUCUUACCGAGCAGAUCAAUCAUUCUGAGUUGCCUGAUACAUGAGCGUAUUAAAUGCACAUUCAGUCAUUCGCACAGCGGGUUGCAAAUUUUCUGAUGUUUCCUCUGCUGCUUUGCUGCUGUGUAUUGCCAAGGAGGCCGACCUGACGUGUGAGUUGCUGAGGCGUGGUGCUAGUUACGAUUAAGAUUACUUACUCGAGCAGAGCAGCGAGAUACGCAUAUGUGUGCUUUGAGCCUUAUGAACUGCACUUCGUGGCAUCCUGUUGCUGCCUCCGCUGCCAUGUUGGGUGUCUUGAAGGAGGCUGAAACGAUGUGCAAGUGGAUGAAUGAAAAUAACAUGCUCCUUGACGUCUUUGAUGAUGACUUAUCUGAUGAGCUUGAGACCAGCCGCAUAAUACGGUCCCGAACCUUGUAUCUCAUGAUUGGCAUACUGUAAAAGUCUCCUGCCCCUGCUGGGAACAAGAUUGAUGAGGAAGAAGUUGUUAGUAGAAAUGAUCCUAGUGGUGAUGGGAAUGGCAUUGCUGCUGAUGAAGCAGCAAACAACACAUGGGGCAGCACUUCAGAUGUAUUGGAUUCUCAAGAUCAGAAAAAGAUCAAAGAUGCUAAAAAGAUUUCAGGAGAUUUUCUGGAGAAGGUAUGGGGGCGGGAAAGGUUGGUGCUACUCUACACUUCCGUUCUGUCGUCUGACUGUAGCCACUACCUUGAGGAGUAUUACAACCGCAAUGCUUCUAAGUUCGUUGCAGAAGUGGCUGCCAAUCUGAAUCCUGAUUGGCUGUUGGAUUCUGCUGACCCAGCUGUUGCCAAAUCCUGUAUUGACAUGGAGGAGGAACUCGUGUCGAGUGGGAGAAACAUGUGGUAAAUUGUCCGGAUGAGAUCUUACCAGUCAACACUUUCAUUCAGAGUUGCCUUAUCAAUGAGCGUGCACUCUCAAUCUCAGGCGACAAAUUUUCUGUUCCGUCCGGCAUUGCUUUUGUGGAGGCUGACCUGAUGCUUGAGCUGCUGAAGCAUGGUGCUAAGCCUACUGACGACAUGAUCCAUCAGAGCAGCGUGGUCCGCAUGUGCGCCUUAGGCCUUGUAAAUCUAAAAGGAUGUCAAUCUGUUGCUGCUGCUGCAAUGAUGGGUAUGGCAAAGGAGGCCAAAAUGAUGUGUGAUUGGAUGAAGAGAGAGAACAAGCUUCUCACCUUCAACAUGUCUGAGCCUCCCGAGCUUGAGGUGGCCCGCUUCAUCCGAGACAGAACCUUGGAUGUUAUGAUCAGCAUACUGCAAGAGUCUUCCUUUCCUUUUUCCAAGGCCAUAGGAAAACUCGCCUAAUUGAUCCAUGCUAUUCCUUCUACUGAAGAUGCUUGAUGAUGCAAUGGCACAUGACUAGAAGAAAUAAGGAAGCAUUGGGAAUUUGGGACCCCUGGAUUUGAAGUUUCAUUUACCUGGAACAUUAGGCCCACUGUAUGGUCGUGUUAGUUUUAACUUAAAGUAGUACCGUAUACUUCAGAGUUGGGUACUUGUGUGCUACUGUUGUGUUUGACUUGGCAAUCAAAUCGUACGACCAACAAGCGCUACUGCUCGCUCGUUUGGAUUCA